CGAUACCAACCACCAACCCAUCAUGUCCGUUCAGAGAUUCUUCCAGCAUCGCCGUUACUCUCGUAAUUCGCCAGGAAUCUACUUUCUCCACAAUUUCACUUCUUCAGAUUCUCACAAUAAACCCUCAAACCCUUCCGAUCACUACCGCCACCACAACCAUGGGAACAGCUGGUAUGUCCACAUUUUGAACUCGUUUUUACCAUCAAAGCCACAAUGUGUUAUCCCGCACAGUGUUUCCUUCUGCCGUUCCUUCUCCACUCGCGACUCGCGAAUUGGUGACAUCAGUGACUCGGCGGUUACUCAGUAUGAGAACACGGAGUUGUUUAUCAGCGAAAAUAUUACUGAAAGUGUUGAGGAGUCCAUUCUUCCAGUACGCGCCUUGAUUUCGUUGUUGGAUGGUUAUCAUGACCUCACUGGCUUCCCUUGGUGGAUCAUUAUAGCUUCUUCAGCAGUGGCAAUGAGGCUUACGUUAUUCCCGUUUGUAAUAUUGCAACUCCACAAGUUGAAGAGAAUUUUAGAGUUACUUCCUAAAUUGCCUCCUCCAUUGCCUCCGCCUAUGUCAAGAAGGAGUUUUAGGGACCAACUUAAAAUAUUUUUCAAGGAGAAACGAGCGGCAGGCUGUCCUUCAUUUUUCUGGUACUUCGCCACUCUGACAGUUCAGGUGCCCUGCUUUUUCCUUUGGAUUACGACUAUUACAAGAAUGUCACUGUAUCAUCAUGAAGGCUUUGAUUGUGGGGGCAUUCUUUGGUUCCAGAACUUGACCGAGUUCCCUAGUGGUGUUUUAGGGCCAGUCUUUCCUUUACUGAUUGCGGGAUUGCAUUAUAUCAACAUACAGGUAUCCUUUCAGAAAUCUUCAGUUGAAAAGAUGAGUGGACCCGUGGGAUUAAUAGCCAAGCAUAAAGGUAGUGCUGGGCCUGGCCACUCUAGAACAGAAAGUAAAAGGCCUAUAUAUUUCACAAGGCUUCCAAAAAGUGUGUACUACCAGAAGUACUUGGGAGUCCUGACGUUAGUGAUUUUAUUUGUUACGUUCAAUAUGCCCCAGGGGAGUUUAGUGUUUUGGCUUACCAAUAGUUCGAUGACUGUUAUUCAGCAACUAUCUCUAAAGCAUCCAGAUGUUCGCAAGAAACUGGGGCUACCUCAGAAGGAUCCUCAAUUAGAAGGUGCACAUCCGAAAGAGUUGGUUAAUCCUGGAGAAAUCAAAAUAGAUCCAUCAAAAAAUCAGAGCAAAAUAUCUGUCCAGAACCUAUCACCUCAAGAAUUGGUUAAUCUUUCGAUCAAACACUUAGCAGGAGGACGUAAAGAUGAAGCUAUGUCCUUUCUACGACUUGCUAUUGCCAAGGAUCCCGAGAAUGUUCGAGCUUUGCUUAUUAUUGGCCAGACACUGUUGCAAGAUGGUUCCUUACCAGAAGCUACUGAAUACUUGGAACGUACUAUUGCUAAGCUUCUGCUAAAGGAGAAUCAAAAGGAAAUUGAGGAUGUUGAUCUGCUGAUUCUAUCAUCUCAAUGGGCAGGUGUUGCCUGUAUACUGCAGGGUAAGAUGGGAGAGGGACUUGCACACCUGGAACGCAUAGCCACGUUGAAAGAGCCAGAUGACCCAAAGAGCAAGGCCCAUUACUAUGACGGAUUAGUACUACUGUCAAGUACAUUGAUCAAUGCUGGCCGCAAGAAGGAUGCGAUUAAUUAUCUGCAAAUGGCUACUGCUUAUGACGAGUCUUACAGAGAAUUUCUGCAACAAUGCGAAAAUGAAGAGGAUGUUAUCAGUAACGACCUUGCCACUAGGAGGAGAAGAGAUUAA